AUGUAUUCGUGUCUUCAUGGGCAAUAUUCUGCAAGUGCUACUAUUGAUAAUCUGAAUGCUGAUUUUGAACGUAUACGUUUGCAAUUUCAUAUGCCUGGUUUAUCUGGAUUGGCAAUGAAAAAUGGUGAAAUCGUUGGUCAAGGAGAAGCAGGAUUUCGUCGACAAGGAAAUCCAUCAUCUCUACUUGUAACUGAUCGUAUUAAUAUUGGUUCAUGUUCUAAAUGGAUGACAGCAACUGUAGCAGGACGUUUAGUUGAUCGUGGUCUUAUAUCGUGGACAACACCUAUACAUACAUGUUUUCCAAAUUAUACUUCAUUUAAUUGUGCUUUUCGUAGUGCGACAUUAGAGCAAUUACUUUCACAUCGUGCUGGUAUUCAACAAAGUACAACAUUUUAUGCACGUCAUUAUUCUGAGUUGUUAGCUCAAAAUGGUACAAUUCGUCAAAUACGUCGAUGGGUUGCAGAAACUGUGAUGAAAGAUGUUCCAGAAGUGAUACCUGGAGAAUUUUUAUAUUCUAAUCAAGGUUAUGCAGUUGCUGCAGCAAUGAUGGAAUUUGUUACAAAUCAAGAUUGGGAAUCACUUGUAAAACAACAUAUUUUUGAUCCACUUCAAAUGGUUAAUAGUAGUAUCGGUCGAGUAUACGAUGAUAUAAUUCCUCCUAAAGCACCAGUUGGCCAUAAUUUACGUAUAAAUCAGACAGUACCUAUUCCACGCCCUGCAGAUACUGCUUCUUUUCUCUAUCAUGAUCAAGCGGCAGCAGGUCCAGGUGGAUAUAUUGCAUCUACAUUGUCCGACUGGGCGAAAUUCUUAUAUGCACAUAUCAACAAUAAUAAAACAAACUAUUUAAGUGCAGAAACAGCUGCAAAACUGAAACAUCCUUAUAUGGGUAUUGAAGGAUAUGGUCUAGGUAUAAAUGCAUACAAUCGAAGUUGGGCUACACCUGGACAAUCGUUAACUCAUGGUGGCGAUAUUUUUGGUCAAGAUACUGUGUUUUGGAUGGCACCUAGUCGAGGUGUUGUUACUGUAGCGUAUACAAACUGUGAUUCAGAAGAUGAUUCUGAAUCUAAUGCUCUCGAUGCUACAGCUAAUAUAUUACUCUCACGAUACGUCUAUUGA